AAAAAAAUAUCUGAAAAGAUAACGUUUAGAGAGAAAGAAAUGGCCUCCUACUCCUAAGUCCUACCUCUCUCGCUUGCUGUAACAUACCCCCACCUUUUAUCCUAUCUUACUUAAUAAUCCUUUUCUUUUCCUUUUGAACCAAUUUCAUCCUUUUCUUGACAUGCUAAAAUAGUUUGGAUUAAGAAAGAAAUGGCAACAAUUAGGCCAUUAGUUUCAAUACAGAAUCAACCAAUCAUCAUGUAUUCUCAACAGAAACAUCAGAUUCCAACUCAAAAGCUCAAUUUCAGCAGAAGAAAAGCGGCCAUUGCAGCACUAGCUUCAGUUUUAGUGACGGGGAAUGCGUUUGCUUUCGAUUUCAGAUUGGUAGCACCAGACACGACGCUUGAAAUGGCAGAGAGUGGAAUCAGAGAGCACGCUCAGUCUCUGUUGGCUAUUAAGCCAUUGCUGGAGACGGAAUCAUGGGGUGAAGCUCAGAAGCUGCUACGAAGAAGCUCUUCUAAUUUGAAAAUCGAUUUCUAUACUAUAAUUCAGAAUAAACCUGCAAGUGAAAGACCUCUGUUGAGGAAGCUCUAUUUUGAUCUUUUCAAUAAUGCUACCAAGCUAGAUUAUGCAGCAAGGGACAAAGAUACCUCGCGUGUUUGGGAAUGCUAUAAAAACAUUGUAAUAGCCCUUCAUGAAGUUCUGGGCAGAAUAUGAUAUUAAACUUUGUUCAAUGAAAUCUAAUGAUUUUUUUAUUUUA